CACCUGCACUCAAACAGCGGUCUCGAUCUGACUCCAUUCUGCUCGCCAGCAUAUUCUCCGAUUGCACGAAGCCUCCCUCAUUCCAGAGAUCGGCGGGCUAGCGCUUUUCCCUGACCAGUGGUUCACUCUUUACAUAACAAGCCCACUCCGUCCGGAGAACAGAGCCAAACUUUGAGAGCGAAGAAAAAGGCCAAUUCUUCGGCAGCUCCAGUCUCGACGAUUUAUCUAGCUCGUCGGGCCCCCUUUCCGCCGCAAUCCCAUUAUCACACAGUUCAGAGACAGGAGUUUCCCUGCAGCCAUCCAGCCCCAGUCCAUUUCUCAACAGGAGUCCGUGCAACCAACCAUGGACACCGCCAUCGAUCUCUCGGACGCCUCCAAGGCCUUGGACCUGGCCAAUAUUCGGUUCCAGUUGAUCCGUCUUGAAGACACCAUCACCUUCCACCUGAUCGAGCGGGUGCAAUUCCCACUCAACAAGCCCGUCUACGUACAAGAUGGCGUGAAGAUCCCCGGCAGCGAGCUGACGCUCCUCGACUACCUGCUGCGCGAGCAGGAACGGCUACAGAGCCGCGUGCGCCGGUUCCAAUCGCCAGACGAGUAUCCGUUCUUCCCGGACGUGCUGGAAGCCCCGAUCCUGGCGCCGCUGCAGUACCCGCGCAUCCUGCACGACAACGACGUCAACGUCAACGAGGUCAUCAAGGAGCGCUACGUGCACGAUAUCCUCCCCGCCGUGUGCCCGGGCUUCGGCCGUGAAGACCGCGGAGAGACCCAGGAGAACUACGGCUCCGCGGCCACCUGCGACGUCAACUGUCUGCAGGCGCUGUCGCGGCGCAUCCACUUCGGGAAAUUCGUCGCCGAGUCUAAGUUCCAGAAGGAGCCGGAGCGGUUUGUCAAGAUGAUCAAGGAGAAUGAUCGCGCGGGUAUCGAUGCUGCUAUCACCGAUGCGAAGGUCGAGCAGAAGGUGCUGGAGCGGUUGGCGCUCAAGGCGAGGACUUAUGGUACCGAUCCGGCGUUCCAGACUGAGGCGCCCAAGAUUAAUAUCGAUGCGGUCGUCGCGAUGUAUAAGGAAUAUGUCAUUCCCUUGACCAAGGUCGUCGAGGUCGACUACCUCAUGCAGCGCUUGAAGGGCACCCAAUGGGAGUGAAUUCGGUUGGGGCUUGAUGACGGUAAUGCGCGAUUUUUCUAGAUGCCACGAUUGUAAAGCAAGCAAAUAGAGCCACGAAACAACAGGAAAUAGAAUCAUACACGGGGAAUGGAACCCCGUGCGCCCGAC